GACAUCGCCUACAAGCGAGAUCAGGUAUUUCUAUUGGAGAAGCAGUUUCGGACUAUCUUCAUACUGUACUGUCUUUUAUUAUACCUCAGUGGGGGAGAUGGAAUGGGGGGAAAUGAAGGAACAUACGUCGUUUCAAAGCAUCAAUGAGUAGAUGGAAGAAACACACGCAACCAACGUUAAAUUCGUUAGACGUAGUGAACUACAGCUCCCACAAACCAUAGCGGAAUUAACCUUUUCCGGGUUAUUCGAACGUGCUAGUUAUCAGCUGACAGCAGAAGGUGGAUGUGUGUUCCGUUGGAAGGUGGAGUUGGUGAGCAGCGAUGCCCCUGGAGGUGAAAUGGCCGUUCCCACAGUGCCCCCAGCUGGCCUGGAAGGUGACCAGCACCCUGGUCAUGGGCGUGGUGGGGUCCUACAGCUACUUCUGGACCAAGUAUCUGAACUGUAUUACGGUUCAUAAUCAGGAUGUUCUAUUUGACCUGAUAGACCAACGUCCACCUGACACACCCCUCAUCACACUGUCCAAUCACCAGUCCUGCAUGGACGACCCACACCUCUGGGGAGUUCUGCGACUCAGACAGCUUUGGAACUUCAACAAGAUGCGCUGGACUCCGGCUGCGUCGGACAUCUGUUUCACCAAAGAGUUCCACUCCAGAUUCUUCAGCAGAGGGAAGUGUGUUCCCGUCUGCAGAGGUGAUGGUGUGUAUCAGAAAGGCAUGGACUUUAUUCUGGAGAAGCUGAAUGGAGGAGACUGGGUACACAUCUUCCCUGAGGGGAAAGUCAACAUGACUGAGGAGUUCAUACGGUUGAAAUGGGGUGUGGGCCGUCUGAUAGCAGAGUGCUCCCACAACCCUGUUAUUCUCCCUAUGUGGCAUGUAGGUAUGAGCGACGUCUUGCCCAAUGAGAGGCCCUACAUCCCUCGUACUGGACAGAGAAUCACGGUCCUUAUAGGGAAUCCAUUUACAGUCAAAGACCUUCUGGAGUCACUCCGACAACAGCAGAAGAGCCAGAUGGAGAUGAGGAAGGCCCUGACAGAUUCCAUCCAGGAGGAGUUUCGUAGCCUGCGGACCAAGGCUGAGGCUCUCCACCAGCGGGUACAGACCACUACUUGAGCCCCGGGCUCCAGCACGGCCUCCACGCCUGGCCCCUACCCAACCUCAGGGUACCAACUCACUAUAGAGUGGACAGAGAGACAGACUGUACACACACACACACACACACACACAGUACAAUAUAUAUACACACACACACA